AUGGAUCACCUGCCCAUCCCAGUUGACAGGCAAAGACCGUCUCGUCGAGUGGUGGGCUUUGCUUACUUCGACAUCCCAUUCCUUGGUGAAGUCGGUGAGGCUGGCGAUGACUUCUACACCUACGCUGUUGCUCACAAGAUCGUGAAUAACGAUAGUGAUCAUUCCCUAAACUUGGAUGAGCUGGAGGAGCUGGAUGAUGUUAACCUGUAUUUCGCAAGAGUACAAGCAUGGCUUUACUUUGGCCUCAUUUGCGACACAUUCGGUUCGUCGGUUAAUCUCGAAGACUUCAUCGUUGUCAAUGCUUCAACGGAAGAGCGGGUCAUCAACUCCGCUGAAUUGAAAGGCCUUAUGGCGGAGUGGCGCAGCCGUGUUUCUAAACUGUCCAAACGAGCCAGGACCGCGGACGUUGAACGCAUCAAACAGUCAACGACAGCAGGCUGGCGAUUCUGCGAUCGUGCCGAUCAUUACGGGGUGUCUCUCACUGAGCAACAUAUGCUGGUCCUUUCCUCUAUUCGCAUUCUCAUAUCCUCCAUCUGGGGUAUGCUGUGGGCUAGUGACGUGGGUGCUGGAAACCUGAAUGAGGAUUGUCGAUUGUCGAUUGAUGUCAUUAAAUGGCCACGACUACCGGCAUCCUAUCGCCCUCUGGCCGUGCUCAUGGCUGAGUAUGGCUGGUGUCCCCACGAAAUUUUGAGACUCCUCGGCACCUAUCAUCUUACCACAGUCUGGACAAUGACAUGCCUGCUUCGAAGAACUCCAGCUCAACUUGAUCAUGAGCGUUGCGCCGGUGCCAUCAAGUGCAUUGCACGCGACGUGGACCCACUCGAGCAUCAGGGUAAACAUGCGACCAACGACUGCAAUUGUGAAGCUGUAGGACCAGACAUCGAGCAAGUGAAAACGAUUCUGAGAGGAGGCGGCACGCCCUUGAUAAGAUGUAAAAUCUCAAAAGACGGCCGGCCGAGUUUCAGAGUGAUCAGGGCCAAAGGCGUUAAACGGCACAUUGCGUUCAGUCACGUCUGGGCUGAUGGUAUCGUCAUCCCACAGCAGAACAAGAUCUUUAGAUGUCAAUUCCUCAAGCUGGCGUCCUACCUCGAGAAGGCCCGUGUGGAAGUACAAGCGGAGCGGCUGUUUGGUUUCCUCUCAAUUGCGCCGUUCUUGGCCCGUCAUGUCUUCAAAGGGCCCAAGUCAUUCGACAUCUGGUUGGACAUCUUCUGCAUUCCAUCGAUUCUCCACGCAGACUCGCAAGAACUCAGGAAACAGGCAAUAGCCCGCAUCUACUCCGUCUUCGCAGGAGCGGAAGCUGUUCUGAUCGUCGACAAAUCCUUGACAGACGUAACCGAUGGUGACAUGCCAACCACCGAAGUCAUGGCAAGGGUUGCAUCUUCGGGCUGGAUGACACGUUGUUGGACCUUCAGCGAGAUGUCGCUUGCUCACACAUCCGUUGCACUGUUCUGUGUAGGCGACAGGAUCAUUCCAUAUGAGGACUUCAAAGAGUACAAUAAGGCCUUCAAGCGGCUUGAUGUACCUUCUCAAAGCUUGUUCCGCAAUCUGCGGGACUCUGCGUUCAUCACAUUCAACAUUGCCUGGAUUGCGUCACAGGCGGUGGUGUCAGAAUACGUCGCUUUCGCCCUGGUUUGGAACUCAUUGUCAGCCCGGUCCACAUCAUGGCCUGAGGACGUCUGGGGAAUCAUGGCCACGCUGCUGGGCUACAGUGGGAAGGAGAUCAUGACUCUCCAGGCACGCGAUCGACUCCCAGCCAUGAUGAAGGAGCUGCCUAGCAUUCCGGCGUCCUUCUUCUUCCGCGACCUACCGCGAUCGGCUUCGGGUCCGGCGCAAAUGAGGUGGAUUCCCACCAGAGUCCAAGGCAUUCUCCGAGACGCUGAUGGGACCUUUGCCUUCAUAGACGGCGGAAUCCUGUUUCCUAGGACCUUGAACCUCAAGUUUCUCAUGUCGGUGACUACGACUGUGCCUCCAUCGUUUUCAUUCGAGUUUCACCACGAAGACCUCUCGGCCAGACCUGAUCUACUGCGGGUCAUGUUCCAGAUCAGUCUUCAUGAUCACGAAGCAGUACUUCAACACGCCGGCAGCGAUGCACAAGUCUGCAUCUUGCUCCCCAGGAAUGAAUCUCAAUCCGGCGACAGUGAAACAGCAUACAUUAGCGGGAUUGGCUGCGCUCUUCUUGUCACUACCAUUCGCGCAGACUCGACCGUCGAGGCCGAGUUUCUGUCCUCCUUAUCUUACAGAUUCGGCACCGAAAAACAAGGCCAUCACUUACAAGCCAGCCUCGCGGGUCCGAACGUCAUCCUCCGAUGCGACCGCCAACAAUGGUACCAACCCAAAUUGAGGAGAAAGAAACACACUCUGGCACCAUCGACCUUUUCGAGAAUCUUGUACUUUGGCGUGCCUGCUGUGCUCGUCUUCAUCAUGGCAACCACCAUGGUCCCACUUUGGAUCUGGUACAGUGUGACGCAUCAACCGCUCAGGGUCCAAGCAAUCCUGGUUCUCGCGACGUGUGGGUUCGCGCUCUUCAUCGUCGCCGUCAUGAUGGUGGUCAUUUUCCAUGAGAAUUUUCUGUUUCGAAACUGGGUUGAUAGCUUUGACGAGGGGCACCCGAAGAGAUGGUGGAAGAAAAUCAUGCCACUCUGGUAA